AUGGAAAAUGCUUCUUCAAAUGGGACAAAGUUAUUAAAUAUGUUAUCCAAGUGGAAUCCUGUUGGUGCUUCUUUGAUUGAUACGAGCAUAGAAAAUAGCACACAACGCCGUUCCCUCGCUUACCUAACCUACGGAACUGGCAACCCCAUCGACGACUGCUGGCGCUGCGACCCCCACUAGCAUCGCAAACGCAAGCGCCUCGCAGACUGCGGCAUUGGCUUCGACCACAAUGCCCUAGGCGGACACAACGCGGUAUGUUACGUCGUGACCGACCCCAACGAUGACAACCCUGUCACUCCCAAGCCUGGGACCCUCCGUCACGCCGUCAUCCAGGAGGAACCCCUCUGGAUCAUCUUCAAGCGCGACAUGGUCAUCACCCUCAAGCAAGAGCUCAUCAUGAACAACUUCAAGACCAUCGACGGCCAGGGCGUCAACGUCCACAUCGCCAACGGAGCUUGCAUCACCAUCCAGUUUGUGACCAAUAUCAUCAUUCAUGGGGUUCACAUUCAUGACUGCAAUCCGACGGGCAACGCGAUGGUGAGGAGGUCGCCGUCACAUUACAGGUGGAGGACGAUGACGGAUGGAGACGGGGUUUCUAUCUUUGGGGGGAGUCAUGUUUGGGUUGAUCACUGCUCGCUGUCGAACUGUGAUGAUGGGCUCAUUGAUGCUAUUGUGGGGUCUACUGCCAUUACCAUAUCUAACAAUUACUUCACUCAUCACAAUGAGGUGAUGCUUCUGGGUCACAGUGAUUCUUAUGAGAGGGACAAGAUUAUGCAGGUCACGAUUGCCUUCAAUCAUUUUAGGGAAGGACUCAUCCAAAGGAUGCCAAGGUAUAAGCUGAAGCUAUGA